GAGCGGGGCGCUGCGGGCGGUGGGCGCUGGGGAGCGCGGCGCCGCGGGCUGUGCGGGGCCAUGGGGAGCGUGCGCUGGGCCUUCCCCUGCGCCGCCUGGCGCCCCAGCCGCGAGGAGUGGCUGCUGGCGGCGCGGCUGGUGCAGCCCGAGGAGAAAGACCGCGUCGGACAGUUUGUCUUUGCCCGCGAUGCCAAAGCCGCCUUGGCUGGUCGGCUGCUGAUACGGAAAUUAAUUGCAGAAAAGUUGUGCAUUCCUUGGAAUGAAAUACGCUUGCAAAGGACAUCCAAAGGAAAACCUUUCCUGGCAAAUAAUCUAUUCAGUUUUUCUUCCAAUUACAACUUCAAUGUCUCUCAUCAAGGAGAUUAUGCAGUUCUUGCAGCUGAGCCAGAGCUUCAAGUUGGCAUUGAUAUUAUGAAGACUAGCUUACCAGGUAGUAGCUCAAUUCCAAAUUUCUUUCGCAUCAUGAAAAGGCAGUUUACUGAAACUGAGUGGGAUGUAAUCAAUUCUAGGAGUAAUGAAUGGAUGCAACUGGAUAUGUUCCACAGACACUGGGCCUUAAAGGAAAGCUUCUUAAAGGCUGUUGGAGUUGGAAUUGGUUUUAACUUGCAAAGAAUUGAAUUUAAUGUGUCCCCAUUGCAACUGGAAAUAGGGAAGGUGUAUAAUGAGACAAAAAUGCUUCUGGAUGGAGAGAAAGAAGAAGAGUGGGCAUUUGAGGAAACCAGGUUAGAUGACCAUCAUCAUGUUGCAGUGGCUCUUGGGAAACAAGAGGAAUUUGGACAGAAGAAUUCUGAUGUAUGUUCCAUGGAGCCAAACCAACCACAGUUUACAUUAUUGACUUUUGAAGAUCUAGUUGCAUCUGGUAUUCCAGUUGCACCCGAGGACUCUGCAUGUUGGGACAAUUUUUGUUCUAAGCAGGAGGGGCCAAUGAAACAGAAUUCAUAUUCAAGAUAAUACUUGGAAGAAAAAGAAAAUUGUCAAAGAUUUUUAUGGUGUUUCUCUGCGUAGUUCAGAGCAUGGGAAUAAGUGCACGUGUGGAAAUGAAACAUGUUUUUCCUUACUUAAACUAACAGUCUGCUUUUCACCUUUUUGAAACUGACAUUCUUUUAUCAGUAUCUUAAGGAAUUCUGAGGGAAAAGCUGACCACAUGCUUUUUUGCUUGGCCAUACCUGUGGUUCUUACACUUCAAUACUUAGCCAUUUAUGGAGCAGUGAUCAGAGCUACAAUAAUGUAAUUGAGUAGUCAACAAGGUUUUAAUGUAUAAAAUGAGUUCCCAUACUUAAUUUGUGCUGCAGCUUGAACUAUCAUACUGCUUUUUCUGUUACAAAAGUAGUAGUUUUAUUCUUAGAUGGAUAAAUAAAUCCAGAAAAAAAUGGUACUAAUCCUUUUGCUGUUACCAUAUGGUGCAUUUGUACAACACUUUGCACGAUGAAGAACUCUGAACCCUAGCAGUCUUAGAACUACAUCUGUGCAAAAUUAAUUUGGGGCAGGGAAUUAACUUAAAAGUAUUUUAUAUCCUUUUUACUUACAUUCUUUGUUGAUUAAAGCUUCCUGUAUGCAACUUAGGACUUGAUUUUUAAAGGUUCUUUUCUGUACUAUUUCCUUUUGCAGCAGGUAUGAGCCAAACAGCAGUUUUCUUAGACUUGCAAUUAUAUCUGUACUGUCCUGACCUUUAAGUCAUGUAGGGGGAAAAACGAAAAAU